UCCAUCAGUCCGUCUUUCCCUCUCUCUCUCGCUUGUUUGCUUCAUCAGUCUCGCUCCUUCCUCGAACUCACUUCUCCUGCCUCGGCCUUUCGUUGAAGAACUGCUGUUCGUCUCUCGUUUUCACCUUGGCCUCGCCCACUGCUUCUCCCUUCCCCUCCCCCACCGACACUUUGUUGGAGGUUGCUACUCCUACUAUCUAGAUACUAAUCUACUAUCUACGACCAUUCUCCACAUCCCCUCCCUCUCCAUCUUCUCUCUCUUCCAGCACCAUGGCUGCCGCGGCGAAUUCAACCCCUGCGUCGGUCUUUCCUCGUAGUCAUGUUGGUUUCGACAGUAUCACUUCUCAGAUUGAGCGAAAGCUGUUGAAGCGUGGAUUUCAGUUCAAUGUGAUGUGCGUCGGACAAACCGGCCUGGGAAAGUCGACCUUGAUCAAUACUAUCUUCGCUUCUCACCUGAUCGACUCCAAAGGUCGCCUGGCCCCUAACGAACCCGUUCGUUCAACUACCGAAAUCCAAACUGUCUCGCACAUCAUUGAGGAGAAUGGCGUGCGUCUUAGGCUAAACAUCGUCGACACCCCGGGCUACGGCGAUCAGGUCAACAAUGACAGAUGCUGGGAUCCUAUUGUGAAGUACAUCAAGGAUCAACACUCCGCAUAUCUCCGAAAGGAGCUUACUGCUCAGCGUGACCGCUAUAUCCAAGACACCCGCAUCCACUGCUGCUUGUUCUUUAUCCAGCCAUCUGGCCAUGCUCUCAAACCCAUCGACAUUGUCGUCCUGAAGAAGCUCUCUGAUGUGGUCAACGUGGUUCCCGUCAUCGCUAAAGCCGACUCGCUUACUCUCGAGGAACGCCAGGCGUUCAAGGAAAGAAUCAAGGAGGAGUUCGCCUUCCACAAUCUGAAAAUGUACCCCUACGACAACGAUGAGCUUGAUGACGAAGAGCGUGCAGUUAAUGCUCAAAUCAAGGACAUCAUUCCAUUCGCUGUAGUUGGUAGCGAAAGAACGAUCGUCGUCAAUGGCCAGCAAGUUCGCGGCCGCCAAAACCGCUGGGGUGUCAUCAACGUGGAGGAUGAGAAUCACUGCGAAUUCGUCUAUCUCCGAAACUUCCUUACUCGCACCCAUCUCCAGGACCUUAUCGAGACGACGAGCCAGAUUCACUACGAGACAUUCCGUGCGAAGCAACUUCUGGCACUCAAGGAGAGCAGUGCUGCUGGCGGCCAUCCUGGUAGCAGCCGGCCCAUUAGCCCCUCAGCGGACAGAGAGCUAAGCCGUAACUCGCAACGCAUGACCAUGAAUGGCUAUUGAUGUCUGAGCAUUUCGCUUGGCCUUGCUUCUUUCUGUGGAUCAAACAUGGGCAGUGAGCCCAAUCAGGGUAACUUUCUUCCUUUUCUUUCCUUAAUGUUUUAAUCUUAUAGCACCAACUUCAUCUCGGCAUGCUUCUACAGAUAUCCUGUUUAACUUGAUAAUUCCUUGAUCGUACCCGUCGUCACUUGAACAAUGUUAUUUGUGAGGAAGUGACCUAAGUGACCUAACGACCUCGUGAUUUCCUAUGGCCUUUUCAUCGCAGAUCAAAUAAAAGCUAGCAACGAAGCGCUAGGCAUCAAUCGUAUCGUCGUUUCAUGUAUUUAUUUAUCUUGGCUCCAGUGAGAGGAAUAAUUGUAGAUCGCUUCAUGCGGAAAGUCGGAAGGCAGU